AUGGACCAGAAUAGAACAGAGAGGCAUCUACUGAAGGAGUUGGGUUUCAUUUGCCAUGUUGAAAAUCCUCAUAAAUUUAUAUCAAACUACCUUGCAGCCCGUGAGACACCCCCAGAACUGAGACAAGAAGCUUGGAAUCUUGCAAAUGAUAGUUUGCGUACGACUUUGUGUGUGCGGUUCAAGAGUGAGGUUGUGGCCUGUGAGGCAAAUGGGUUAAUAAUGGAUUAUGCAUUAAUGAUAGAUUUUGCAAAUUUAAUUAUUGGGUUGUAUGAGGAUGAGUCAAUGACUGCUGUAAAAAUCCAACUAUUCAGUCUAUUUUUGCAGAAGCUUCAGAAUUUGGCUGGGCAACACUCCAAUGUUCUCGAGACUCUUUUGCCGAAGAUUCGGAAGCGAGUUGAUGUUCUCAGAGAGAUUCAGAGCCAACAUGAUGAGUUGAAGGCAAAGUUUUUCGAGGAGAGAGCAGCCCUUGAAGCUAAAUACCAGAAGCUUUACGGACCACUGUACGAUAAGAGGUGUGAAAUUGUAAAUGGUGUUGUAGAAGUUGAAGGAGUUACAAGUGAAGCCACAAUGGACCUCGAGGAUGAUAAGUCUACAGAAGCUGAGAAAGGUGUUCCCGAUUUUUGGCUCAAUGCAAUGAAGAAUAAUGAAGUAUUGGCUGAGGAGAUCUCAGAGCGCGAUGAAGAGGCCCUCAAAUAUCUUAAAGAUAUCAAGUGGUGUAGGAUUGAUAAUCCCAAGGGAUUUAAGCUCGAGUUCUUCUUUGAUACCAAUCAUUUUUUCAAGAACUUGGUUUUGACAAAAACAUAUCACAUGAUUGAUGAUGAUGAACCUAUUUUAGAGAAAGCAAUAGGAACGGAGAUUGAAUGGUAUCCAAGUAAAUGCUUGACUCAGAAGAUCCUUAAGAAGAAGCCGAAGAAGGGGUCUAAGAGUGCAAAACCUAUUACAAAGACUGAAAAAUGUGAAAGUUUCUUCAACUUCUUCAGCCCUCCCGAGGUUCCUGAGGAUGAAGAUGAUAUUGAUGAAGAUACUGCGGAAGAACUUCAGAACCAAAUGGAGCAAGACUAUGACAUUGGUUCAACCAUUCGGGACAAAAUUAUCCCCCAUGCUGUCUCGUGGUUUACGGGGGAGGCUGUUGAGGGGGAUGACCUUGAAGACAUAGAUGACGACGAUGACGAAGAUGAUAAUGAUGAUGAAGAAGAUGACGAUGAAGAAGAUGAAGAUGAGGACGAAGAUGAGGAUGCUGACGAAGAUGAAAAUAAAGCCAAAUUACUCACGAAGAAGUCAUCUGGACCAAAGAAGAGUAUGCGAGCUCUAGCUAAGGAAGGUCAGCAAGGUGAGCGUCCACCAGAAUGCAAGCAACAGUAGUAAUCAGAUUGCAGACAUCUUCGCUUGGGAACACAGGGUGGGGUGAUGUUUUGAGAGUUUUGGGUCUUUGAUUUGCCCCCCUGUUUAUUGAAAUUGUUUCUCUCUCUCUCAUAUUUUUUCUUGUGAGGAACAUUCAUAUUUUGUUUUUUUGGAAAGUAUUUAUAUUCCGUUGGGUAUCUUGGGCUUCAUGGGUUGGGAUUGUUGUGAAUUUUAAUCAGAAAUUGAAUUUUAAUCAGAAACUAGUGGAGCAUGUCUAUUAUUUGGUAUACAAUGAUUUUUAGC